CGUAAUCGUUCCUCUGUAAGACAGCCCUUCUCACUUCGUGUGAGGGAGCUUAGUGUUGAAAUGGAUGUCCCAAUCCUCAAACAUCGCCUAAUGCCUCCAGCUAAGCUGCUGCCUCCUUGGGAGUGGCAGAUGAUAGAAUGCGACAUAUCUUUCAUGCAAGUUACAAAACACGCUGCAGAGAUUGAAAUCCAUAUGCAUUUCCGGGAACUCCAAUACAAACACUCCUGCACGGAGUUUUACACAGACGCAUCGAAGUCACGCGAGGGAGUGUCCUAUGCAGCCGUCGGCCCAUCCUUCUCGGUAUCCGAUGUACUGCAUCCGGAAACAAGCAUCUUUACGGCUGAGGCCUACGCACUACUGUCGGCUGUAAAGCAUAUAAGGAAAACAAAACUCAAAAAAUCUGUUAUAUAUACGGACUCCCUAAGCGCUGUGAAGGCAUUGAUGUCAUUUUGUAAGCACAAAAACCCAGUAAUCAAUGAACUAUAUUCCGUCCUAUGUAAAGCGUAUAUAUGUAGCCAGCAUGUCAUCAUAUGCUGGGUGCCGGGGCAUAGAGGCAUCGAAGGUAACGUUCUGGCGGACCAGAUGGCCACAUCAAUUGCAUCGUAUUCUGUUCAUCCUACUGCUGCAGUCCCUGUCACAGAUCUAACGCCCUUCUUGCGCAGGAAACUGCGAAACUACUGGCAACGCUUGUGGGACAGGGAAACAAAUAAUAAGCUGCACGUAAUAAAACCACAAUUAGGGUUCUGGCCUUCUGCAAUAAAAUCACGCCGGACAGACGUCCUAUUCUGUCGUCUUAGAAUAGGACACACAUUUGGCACCCAUAACUUUUUACUCACCGGAAAUGACCCUCCAACCUGUGGCAGAUGCGGGGACAGGCUGACCGUGCUCCACGUCCUCCUGGAGUGUCGGAAAGCCGAAUCUGAGAGAAGGAGACAUUUUUCCUUAGCAUACCGCCAACACAUUCCUCUUCAUCCUGUAAUGUUUCUCGGUCCAGAACCGCUUUUUAAUACAAACAGUGUCCUAGGUUUCCUCAGAGAUGUUGUCCUACACGUUAUUAGUCCUAUACAUUCGUAGCGCUUCCUCUCUUGAGAGGAUGCCGCUGCGAUAGUCAUACUGUAUAGCAUAUGCCUCCAGGCCCUUGUGUUUCAAGGGCUCUGGCGAGGCAGUAGUGCUUCAGGUAAUUUUACUAUCUCGCAUAUCUUUUAUAAUGCAUCAUUCUCUCACGAUAGACUUUAUUGCUCAUAGAACAUGUCAUUAUCAUCUACAUAAUCUUAUAACAGAUAGAUUUUACGCACUCUAGAGCGACUAUUUUUAAGGCCCCUUUACAGCCGCGUCUCAUCAACCUAAUUGAACUCAUAACUACAUUGCGAAUUCAUCAACACUGGCUUGGCGCUCUUUGGCCACACCUGGCCCUUGCGCCAAUAAAAACCAAACAUUCAUUCAUUCAUUCAUUGCAGAAAAAUUUCUCUGCUGUUGUCAAUAAAGGUACAACAAAAGAAAAAUCCGCCUUCACUCUUUGCACGUUCAUUCCAUUCUUGUUCCACAACACAAAGUCACCGUAAGUUCUCUGCCACACAAACAUUUGGAGCUGAACUUGGUAAUAGUACCGGUGAUUACUUUUCAGCUCAAGUGCACCAUCAGAUUGGACGACACAGCUGUUAGCGUCACACAGGAGGUCACUUAUGUUCCCAUCCCUGACUUUCCAGGGACACUUCAGUUCAACUAGGCCCUUACCACGGCAUGUACGUUCUACCAACAUGUCGGGAGUGGCACCAAGGGAGGCCUCUGCUCUUUUCUGUGGACGGACUCUUUUUCCCUGUCGGCCAGCUUCAGUAAAAAAGCUGCGCAGAUGUUUUCUGACAGCUGCGAGACUGUGUUCAGCAGGUGGUGCUGCUGGCCCCGAAGGAUGCGUAGCCACAUACUUCUCCAGGCAGUCUAAAAGAAGAAUGCAAUAAAUGUAGAACCAAGUUGUUUUUGUUACAAUUUGUAGUAAUAAGUGAAUGAAGGAAAUCUGCUGCAAUCACUUCAAGCAAGAUUCAACGAAAAGUUUCAGAUAUUAAAAUGCAGUACGAUUUAUUUCGCAUGAACAUGCUAC